AGUCACUCCGGUAUUGGAGGUGUUGCUGCAGGGAAUGGUGAACCGCAAGCAGCUGAAGUGGUGCAAGGAAGUACAGGAACAGAAGGGAACGCAAUUACAGCCACACCAGAAGGAAGUGAUACUGCAACUACAAUGCAAAACCAAAAUCAUGAAACGACUGCAGCGCCACAAACUGACAAUGAAACGUCGAAUACUGGUAACAGUACGACUGCCGUACCAACAACAACUCCAUCUCCGUUACCCGACCCACAGAUCAACAACACUCUUACAGAAGCACCAACCGCAACACCAUCACCAUCACCAUCUCCUGUACCUAACGCAGAGAUCAACACCAUUACUUCCGCAGUGGAGAACAAGGCUAAUGUUGACAGCAGCAGUGUCAGUCCUGUGUGGAUACGUGUGCCACUACUGAUUAUGGUUGUGUUAUUCUCCGUUACCGUGUACUGA